AUGAAAAUUUCCACUCUAAUCCAGGCUGCGGUCGCUACAUGUGGCCUAGCUUCCGCAUCGGAAUACUCCAACACUACGACCACUUUGGUGCCCAGCACCAAGGCUGUUUUGACCACGGAAACCACUGAAUUCACCAGCCAGGGUGUCGACUACACCUCUACGAUCACGCUUAUGACCACCGUCACUUUGAGUGAAGCCGAGACGUCUGCCACUGCCAGUGUAUCCGUCAACGGCAACGCCAAGGGUGCCAACGCUCUCUCUGCUGCUUCUGCUGCUUCUGCUGCUUCUGCUGCAACCACCACCUCCGAGCUCUGGUCCACCAUCACGUCCACUUUGUACACUACACAGAGCAUCACUCUGUCGAACAGCGAGGUGUCUCUUUCCACCAGUGCCUACGAGAAGCAGAUCGUCGUGGGAACAUCCAAUGCUGCUUGCACUCCCCAGACCGUCACCGUCACCCACGACACCACCCACACCCAAUAUGUCACCGUGACAGCUUCGAACCCAGCUGCUUCAUCAUCGUCAUCAUCGUCGUCGGGAUACACCUGGGCUCCAGCAUCGGCUUCUAUCUACAACGGUACUAGCACUUACCAUUGA